ACUAUGGGGUAUUACCUUGCUGACGGUAUUUAUCCCAAGUGGCGAACUUUUGUGAAAACGAUUCCGUCACCAAGAGGGAAUAAGAAGAAAAAUUUUGUGAAAGCACAAGAAUCUGCAAGAAAAGAUGUCGAGCGUGCAUUCGGGGUUCUUCAACAACGAUUUGCUAUCAUUCGUGGACCUUCCCGAAUGUUCAAAGUGAAGGAUCUAACUAAUAUAAUGAAAGCAUGUGUUAUUCUGCAUAAUAUGAUCAUUGAAGACGAGCGUAAUGAUAGUGAGAGUCUGAACAUUGAGUAUGAUCAACUUGAUGAUGAUCUCCCGGAAUUGUCGCGUAAUCAUACAUCUGAGCUUACGGACUUCAUCCAACGUCAUCAUCAAAUUAGAGACAGCUCGGCGCAUAAUCAGCUUCAAGAAGAUCUAAUUGAACACCAAUGGUUAUUAUAUUCCCAACAUUAGUCGCGGUCACGUUAUAUUCUAUUAUUUCCACCAAUGUUAUUCCAAACUAUGUUUGAAUUAAUCUGCUUUGUAUUUGUAAUUCCUUAAUAUUAUUAGUGAUUAUAUUAAUUGUAAUCAAGUUUGUUGUCGUAUUUCUUUGAGUAUAAUAUGGGGAUUAUUCGAGGUAAUUUAUCAAGAUGUCUGAAUUUGUC